GGGCAUAUCAAGAACAAUCUCAUUAGCAAGAAGAAUUUCUCCCACAACCAGAAGGGCCAUCGGAGCUGGAGUUACCCAUGGCGGCCUUCACGGGCCAUUCUGCAGAGCCAUGCUACACUCCACAGCCAGAUCCAAACUAUGAAUUGAGGCUUCUCAUGGAGCAGUUUGCUCGAGACAGUGAGAGAUCAUUGUCUAGGAUGGAUCUUUGUACCCAGGCCUAUCGCGAAACAGAGGAGAUCCUCCUGAGCCUUAAGAAGAGCGUCGAUUAUCUUGAGCGAUCUUGUGCACAACCUGCUCCAGAUCACCCUUCUGCUACCAUACUAGAAGAGGAGGAGGAGGAAGAAGGCUACAAGGACAUGGUGGAGCACACAGAAGUUAUCACGGAGAGCUCCCGUGAUGAUCAUGAUCAGGAAUGUCCUGUCGUAGUCGACCACACCUUCCCACAUCCCAAUCUGAGCUUUGAAGAGGCGGGCAUGAGUGAGGAGAUGCAAGAAGAUCUCAUGAAAGGAAUUGCUUGGCAACUUGCUCUCCAAUCCGUGCUAGAAGAAGAAGAGCAAGAAAGGGUGCAGAAAGAAGUUGUGGAGGAUGACGAAAGUGAAGCAGGAGGAGUUCUUGAUCAUUUCCCAGGGGUGAUACCACAUGAACAAGGAAGGGAGGUUGACGAAGCAAUUGGCGUCCAGGCCGAGGACGAAGUUGAGGUGGAAGAGGCCUGCACCGGCCAUGAGUUGCAAGUAAUAUCCCCAUCAAACUUCAGGGAAUUGCUUAGCAAGGACCCAUUUGCAGUGUCUCUUUGCCAGACCAAGGCCACAUCGACAUCGGUCCCUCUUGGUGGACGCGAUGGUGGCCAAUCCAUGCUGUCAUAUCUGGUUUGGGGCAAUGAGAAGAGAGAAGAGAAGAAGAGGUCUCGAGGGUGGAGACUUCAUCUGCAUCAAGUGCACGAGCUUCCAUCUAUUGUCAUACCACAUGCUCGUGACUUGAGAUUCCACCUCAUCGACGAGAACGUCAACUUCAAAGAGGUUUUGGGGUGGACCGAAACUUAGGAGCCAUCGUCCGGCUCACGACGUGAAAGAAGCGCUUGUUGGGAGGCAACCUAACCAGUCGGUUUGCAUUUCUUUCUCUUUUUCUCCUCGUUUGAGUCAGUUUUGUUAUUUGAUUUUAGAGUCAAUAACUCAACCUUUGUGAGAUUUUGUGUGGUGUUUUGUUCCGACUACUCUCUCCUCCUGGAAUGCACGGCCUGCCCCGUCCACCAUCAUUCACCCUUGAUCUGGUAACUUCGUUCUACCCUCCUUAUCUUUCCUCCAUUGAGGACAAUUUUGUGCUUAAGUGUGGGGGGAUUGAUGUUCGAUUAUGAAUGCGUGUGAAUGUUUGGCUGUUUGUGUGCUUGGAGCCUAGUCCACUGUCCAAAUUUCUAUUUGAGGGCUCCAAGUACGUGUUCCUUGCAAUUGCCUGCUCAGUAUGCUUUGAAUUGACAGUCUUUAUAGUAAUAUGCAACCUAGGGAGGUAGUGUAGCACUAUGGAGGAUGUUGAUGCAUUUAAGAAGUCUCAUUUCUUCUUCAUAUUGUGUUGGUUGAUUGUGUGAAUUAGUGAUCUUAAGACCCUUGAAUUGUGUGGUGUUGUGGACUCUAUACCUAUCAUGGACUCCUGUAUCAUGUUUUGAAAUAAAAGGUGCUCGAUAAU